GGAGGGGCAGGAAAGAAGGCUAUAAGGGCUGUGGCCCAGGCGGGCAGAAUCCAGGCAGGCCAUGGCGGAUGUCCUCGGGGCCCAGAGACCGGUUCCCAGCGGCAGUCCAGAGCCCCGGGACCCCUUGGACUGCUGGGCCUGCGCUGUGCUGGUCACCGCCCAGAAUCUGCUUGUGGCUGCCUUCAAUCUUGUUUUACUGGCGCUCGUGCUGGGAACCAUCCUGCUACCCGCUGUCACCAUGCUAGGCUUCGGCUUUCUCUGCCACUCUCAGUUUCUGCGCUCCCAGGCACCCCCUUGCACCGCGCACCUGCGGGACCCAGGCUUCACGGCCCUGCUGGUCACCGGAUUCCUGCUUCUCGUGCCGCUGCUCGUGCUUGCCCUGGCCAGCUAUCGCCGCCUCUGUCUGCGCCUCCAUUUAGCCGACUGCCUCGUGCCCUACAGCCGAGCCCUCUAUCGGCGUCGGCAUACCCCGCCAGUGCAGCAAAUCCGGGCCUCACCAGGGUCCCAAGCCGUCCCCACAUCAGGAAAGGUAUGGGUUUGAAGACCCUUGAUCAAGAACCCUGACGACUGCCUGCCCUUCAGUAGACCUAAGGACCUGAAGACCCCCGGGGGUCUCCCGACCUGUUUUGGCCCCACCCCUUGCCUAAGCGGGGUCCUAGCAUCCCCUCUGGUGAACUGCAGCAUCUGUGGACCCAGUGCUAGUAAAAAUUCGCCACACCCUGGAAAACCCUUUCUUUUCACUACUCAUAUCUGAAUCCUGAACAUUUGGGCUGGACCCUGCACCCCCCCCCCCCCCCGCCUUUGUGAAUUUGACAACUGAACAUCCUUGGUGCCCUCCUUUUCUGCUGCAACUCCUCUAGUAUUUACCGGUCCGAGGGUGAGGUUGGAGGAGGAGUGAUCACAUGUUAAUAAA